GUUAAAUGGAAACCACCUUUGGGAGCUGGAUGCCUAUGUAGCUGUUCUACCACAUCAGUAUUUUGCAAUGAGUGGGGGAGGAGAGCAGCCAGACAUCCUCAGUGUUGGAAUCUUGGUCAAAGAAAGAUGGAAAGUGUUGAGAAAGAUUGGGGGUGGGGGCUUUGGAGAAAUUUACGAUGCCUUGGACAUGCUCACCAGGGAAAAUGUUGCACUGAAGGUGGAAUCAGCUCAACAACCAAAGCAAGUUCUGAAAAUGGAGGUUGCUGUUUUAAAAAAAUUACAAGGGAAAGACCAUGUUUGUAGAUUUAUUGGCUGUGGGAGGAAUGAUCGAUUCAACUAUGUGGUCAUGCAGUUGCAGGGUCGGAACCUGGCAGAUCUGCGGCGCAGCCAGGCCCGGGGCACGUUCACUACUAGCACUACCCUGCGGCUGGGGAGGCAGAUUCUGGAGUCAAUCGAAAGCAUCCAUUCUGUGGGAUUCUUGCACCGAGACAUCAAACCGUCAAACUUUGCCAUGGGUCGCUUUCCUAGUACUUGUAGGAAAUGUUACAUGCUUGAUUUUGGCUUGGCUCGACAGUUUACCAAUUCCUGUGGCGACGUCAGACCUCCUCGAGCUGUGGCAGGCUUUCGGGGGACCGUUCGCUAUGCAUCAGUUAACGCCCAUAGGAACAGAGAAAUGGGACGACAUGAUGAUCUUUGGUCUUUAUUCUACAUGUUGGUGGAAUUUGUGGUUGGUCAGCUGCCUUGGAGAAAAAUAAAGGACAAGGAGCAAGUAGGCUCCAUUAAGGAGAGAUAUGACCACAGACUCAUGUUGAAGCAUCUCCCUCCAGAAUUCAGCAUCUUUCUGGACCAUAUCUCCUCUUUGGAUUAUUUUACAAAACCAGACUACCAGUUACUUACAUCCGUUUUUGACAAUAGCAUCAAGACUUUUGGAGUAAUUGAAAGUGACCCUUUUGACUGGGAGAAGACUGGAGCAGAUGGCUCUCUAACAACCACCACCACUUCCACCACCCCUCAGUUGCACACCCGCCUGACGCCUGCUGCCAUUGGAAUUGCCAAUGCCACUCCAAUCCCUGGAGAUUUGCUUCGAGAAAAUACAGACGAGGUGUUCCCAGACGAGCAGCUUAGUGAUGGAGAGAACGGCAUCCCAGUGGGUGUGUCCCCGGAUAGAUUGCCUGGGUCUCCGGGACACCCUCGUCCCCAGGAGAAGGACGUCUGGGAAGAGAUGGAUGCCAAUAAGAACAAGAUAAAGCUUGGGAUUUGUAAGGCUGCUACUGAAGAGGAGAACAGCCAUGGUCAAGCCAAUGGUAUUCUCAAUGCUCCAAGCCUUGGCUCCCCCGUCCGAGUCCGCUCAGAGAUCACCCAGCCUGACAGGGAUGCGCCACUGGUGCGCAAGUUACGCUCCAUCCACAGCUUUGAGCUGGAGAAACGUCUGACCCUGGAGCCGAAGCCAGAUACUGAGAAGUUUCUUGAGACCUGCCUGGAGAAAAUGCACAAGGAUUCCAGUACAGGUAAGGGAUCUGCUGUCCCUGCCCUGCUUCAGAAGCCUUGUCUUCCUGCUGCAUCCCGCACGGACCACAUCUGGCACUAUGAUGAAGAAUAUCUUCCAGAUGCCUCCAAACACGCCUCUGCCAACACCCCUGAGCAGGCAGAUGGCGGGGGCAGCAAUGGAUUUAUAGCUGUUAACCUGAGCUCUUGCAAACAAGAAGUUGACUCCAAAGAAUGGGUGAUUGUGGACAAGGAGCAAGACCUUCAGGAUUUCAGGACAAAUGAGGCUUUAGGUCACAAAACAACUGGAAGCCCUUCUGAUGAGGAGCCAGAAGUGCUUCAAGUUCUUGAGGAAUCACCUCAAGAUGAAAGGCUCCAGUUGGGUUCUUGGGCUGGAAACAGUCAUUUAAGGAAGGAACCUUCAGGUGUGGUCUUAGCACUGUCUGCAGAAUGCCCUGCCGCAGCUCCUUCAGAACAGUACACAGACAGACUGGAGCUCCAGGCUGGAGCAACUAGUCAGUUCAUUGCCGCGACACCCACAAGUCCUAUGGAGGCACAAGCAGAAGGACCCCUGACAGCGAUUACAAUUCCUAGACCUUCUGUGGCAUCAACACAGUCAACCUCAGGAAGCUUUCACUGUGGUCAGCAUCUGGAGAAGAAAGAUCUGCAGCCCGUGGAGCCCACUGUGGAGCUUUACUCUCCCCGGGAGAACUUCUCUGGCUUGGCCGGGACAGAGGGGGAGGGGCUUCAGGCAGAUCCCGUGGGCCAAGACCCUUUGCCCCAGGUUAGGGAGAGUGACAGACACCAGGAACUGGGACCAAAAGACCUUCCUCAUGAUAACGGACUAGUCGUGAGGGAAUUUGGGGGGUUCUCUGUGGAAAUUCAGGAGAAAAGCAUGCUGCUAGGGUCGGAUAAUGAGGACGAGAAGUUAAGUAAAGAACAGUAUUGUGUUGAGCUCUCUCUCCGAGCAGAUCUGGGGACUGAGGAAAAGGACCCUUCCGCUGCUACUGAGCCUCUUGAUGUGACCAAGACGCAGCCUUCCAGUGUGGUGCCAAGUCAGGGCAGAAAUUCUGAGCUCAUGCAGCUCCUGGCAGCUGGAACUUCCGAUUUUUCUCCAAGAGUCAUUGACCCACAUGUUGAAGGACAGCUAGGCCAGGUGGCGGCAACACAGAAAAGCAGGCUGUCUCAGGACGAUGCCGUGCAGAUGGAAGGCCUUCCGGAGCAUCCAGGGGGCCUGUCUGCUUUGCUGUGCCAAGAGGAUAAAGGAGAGAAAAGUGCCCCAAGAAACGGAGAGCGGAUUCAUCGCGUUUCGGAGAACGAGCGUGCUCCCCCCGCCCGGAAGGACGCAGGCAGGUCGGCCCUCGUCACCAGACACAGCCGGAUCCCCGUUCUGGCACAGGAGAUCGAGUCCGUGUUCGAGGCCUCCUCGCCCGUUUCUGCGAAGGAGAAGCUGCUGCAGAAGAAAGCGUACCAGCCCGACCUGGUGAGACUGCUGGUGGAGAAAAGGCAGUUCAGGUCCUUCCUCGGCGACCUCUCAAGUGCCUCCAAUAAGCUGCUGGAGGAGAAGCUGGCUGCUGUCCCCGUGCCCUUCUCCGAGGAGGACGUCUUCAUGCCCUUCUCCAGACUGGCAGUAGACCCUCCCCUGAGCAGGUCAGCGGAAGAUAGCUUUCUGUCACCCGUCAUCUCACAAUCUAGAAAGAGCAAGAUCCCAAGGCCCGUCUCGUGGGUCAGCACAGAUCAGGUCGGCAGCUCGCCCUCGUCGCAGUUCUUGCCUCGGCCACCGCCCGGGAAGCCACCUGCAAGGCCUGGAGUGGAAGCCAGGCUACGCAGAUACAGAGUCCUAGGGAGCAGUAACUCUGACUCAGACCUUUUCUCCCGCCUGGCUCAAAUUCUUCAGAAUGGAUCUCAGAAGCCCCGGAGCAUCACUCAGUGCAAGAGCCCAGGAUCUCCACACAGUCCCAAAACACCACCCAAGAGUCCAGUUGUCCCUCGAAGGAGCCCCAGCGCCUCUCCUCGGAGCUCAUCCUUGCCUCGCACGUCCAGCUCCUCACCAUCCAGGGCUGGGCGGCCCCACCACGAGCAGAGGAGUUCAUCCCCACACCUGGGGAGAAGCAAGUCCCCUCCUAGCCACUCAGGGUCCUCCUCCUCCAGGAGGUCCUGCCAACAAGAGCACUGCAAACCCAGCAGGAGCGGGCCCAAAGGGUCUGGCAGCCUCCACCACCACCCGGCCAGCUCGAAAGCGCCCCCAGGGAAGAGCAAGCCAGCCAAUAAACUCAGCAGAUAGGAGCUGGACACCA